GUCGAAAACAAACAGACAAUCCUAUAUAUACAUAUUGUUCAUUGAGGAAGGUGAUGGCUCAGAAUGAGCAGGAUUUGUCCUAGUCAUCUUAAUCGAUCCACCUUUAACAACCUUAACGAAUCACUUACCCAACUUAUUUACCACUGGAUGCAUAACCUCAGUAUUAUUUAACAUACUUUACCGCUCAACAUCAGAGACAGGACGCAAAAAUCUGUGGUCAAAGACAACUUGUCUUUUUAUAUCUCCCAAUGAUAGUAGUCAUAUCACACAGGUAUAAACAGAAUACAAGGAACUACUGGUGCUCGGCGCAUAUGUCCUCUGCUAGACAUCAUGUCUACACUAGAGAUGACUUCUUUGUAUCCAUGCUGAAAUCUCAUCAGAAAUCAGCCUAUUGGGGUUGGUGUAGUGAAGUUUUCGACACACUCAGACACUUCACUUCCUUUCUUCAGAGUAACAGUCCGUUCAGACCAAUCCCGCACCAGCACCUUAUUUGUGACAAGGAGAUAUGGCAAACCAAACAUCAGCAUAAUUCUGGUUGUAUUGACUUCAGAUGAAAGCUCUCCGCAAGCUCGUACACGGUGUGUGAGUUCGAGUGGAGUGCUUUAAUU